UGCGCGCACACUGUGUUUCGGACCGAUCUCUUUAUUUGGACGGACACUGUCAUAUCGUCACUGUAUUAACAUCGUCAUAAACACAGUUACAUGCUCCAUGCUCGUUCACAAGAAAUACCGAAAAUUAUUUCUUCUAUGUGCAGUUUCGAAGCGAAGCAGAUUAGUUGCAGUGUUGUUCUGUCAGUUGUGAACAUUGUUACGAUAUCUCGUGAAGCUGAGGGGUGUAAGUGCUUCAGCUGUUUGCAAGGAAUUCUUGAGUCAAAUGAUGAUGGAUAUAUGUUACUACAUGACAAUACGAGAAAAAAGCUCAGGUUUAUUUCGUGUUUAAGUGAUAUUUCCUGGUUUGGUGGUAUUUGUUUAUUCACACUGUAACAUUAAAAGUGACACUCGUAAUAUUUUGUGAAAGAAUUAUGAACGGAGUAAAGUGUUACUGAUUUUUUUAUUAUUUUUUUAGAACUGAACUGUAUAACCCUUCUGACAAAGGGCUUUCAGACUGUCACAUACCUAAAUGAGCUGCUGUUCUUAUCUGACACGUCUUGGGGAGAGGAUGGUGAGCAUGAGCUCCACGCUGGUGGAGACUGUUUCCAUCAACUAUGAAGACUUCAAUGAGAGUUUUUUGACUUGUGGCACAUGUCUCUGUAUGUAUGAUGGGAGUGAACAUACACCAAAACUUCUGCCAUGUUCACACACAGUGUGUUUACACUGCCUCUCAAGGAUUGCAGCCUCUCAGACACGUGACACAGGGUCAUUCCGGUGUCCCAUCUGUCGUGAGUUGAUUACAAUCCCGCGUGGAGGAGUGAGUGCACUUCCGCCCUCAUUCCUGGUUAAUCAGCUGCUGGAUCUCAUGUCCCGACAGCGGAGGGAAGUCAUUCCUAAAUGUUCUGUGCACAUCAAUCAGGAAUUGCUGUUCUGUGAGACUUGCGAUACAGUGUUCUGUACACUCUGCACUGGUGGAAGCCACAGCACAAGUGGAACGAGUUGUGAACAUACCAUCAUCCCAUUCUCCAUUGCAAUCAAACGCAUGUCUGAGAUCCUCCUCUAUAAGGCGAAUGAGUGCAUAUCUAAGCUGUCGCAAGCGCAGGAUGCUGUGACCCAAGAAUUGCACAGGUUGGACUUGGCUACAGAACACUGCUUAGAUCAAGUGACCAGAACAUUUCAAGAUGUUUCUGCACUUCUAGAGCACAGGCGACAGGAAAUGGUGGCUGCUGUUGGUGCAGCAUGUGAGGAAAAGAGAAAGGUUCUAGAAGAACAACUUGCUCUUAUAGAGGGUGAGAAAAAUAAGGUGGAGAGAGAAUGUGAAGGUUUGCAGUAUCAGGUGGAGGUCCGCAACAUCACACAGCGUAUUGGCAGCCUAAGUGAAAAGUUAGAUGCUGCAGGAACACUAGGAGAGCCUCGAGAAAACGCAUUUCUUACAUGUGAUUUCACUCACAAUGAUAGCUAUGCAACACUUGAGACUGCUCUCUCCAAGCUUGGCCGAGUUCGCACAAGCACAACAUUUCCCAGCUUGUGUACGGCACAUCUAAACAGUCCAGCAGUAACACAACUAGAAACAAUAGCUCUUAUUCACACAGUUGACUACCAUGGUGAUCCUCGUACAUCAGGUGGUGAUCCUGUCACUGUAGAAGUUCUCCCAUUGGAUGACUCUGGCAGUGAAUCUGCAGCACUAGAUUUUCAGAUUGAGGACACUGAAGAUGGCACAUACAGGAUCAAAUUUCGACCCCCUGCUGCAGGAAGAUAUGUGUUAAAAGUGUCUGUAUUUGAACGUCCUAUUAAAGACUGCCCUUUGUUCUUUGAUGUGACUGAACACAAUAAUCCAACAGCAGUGUAUGGUUCACGUGGCUCAGGCAAAGAUGAAUUUCUUCAACCUGUUGCAGUUGCUGUUGAUGAGGCUGAUGGAGGAACAGUAUAUGUUGUGGAUACCGGAAAUUCAAGAAUAAAGGUGCUUACACCAGAGCUGGAGUUUGUUCGUCAUAUAGAAAAUGAGGGUCUGGCGGGGCGGAGCUGCACUGGUAUUGCUGUUUCCAACAGUGGGCUUGUUAUAGUCAACUGGCGCAACAAAUCCGUUACUGAGUUAUCUCCUCUUCAUGGUGACACACUUUCCAAAUUUUCAUAUAAUGCCUUCCAGGAACCGAUUGAUGUGGCAGUGGACAGGGGAUAUGGUCACAUCCUCGUAGCAGACAAUGGCCUCAGUUGUGUCUUCAUUUUUGAUUCUGAUGGAAAGAUUCUUUUUCAGGUAGGGAAGAAAGGCAGUCAGAGAGGUUACUUCAACCUGAUCUCAUCAGUAACAGUUGGACCAAGUGGAGAAAUUAUUGUUGCUGACUCUCGCAUCCAAGUAUUCUCAGCAAAAGGAGACUUCCUUGAAGAACUUUAUCCAGAAGGAAAAGGUCGUGGGAGGUACGGAGGUGUAGCAGUAGAUGGAGAAGAUCGGAUCAUUGCUACCCGCUCAGAGAAGAAUCGUAAUUAUAUCCAAGUUCUAAGGUUUAGUGAUGGGGGUCUUAUCUCAACCAUUGACUCUCAUGAUUAUCGACUGAAACGGCCUAGCGGGAUGGCUGUCACCAGUGAUCAUCAUGUCAUUGUUGUUGACCUUGGAAAUGAUUGUGUUAAGAAGUAUAGGUAUUGGUAGGUAAUAAUCAGAGUUACCUCUUUACUGUGGUUUAGACCACUGUGGUUCAGUAGGAGUCACAGUGUUUGUGCUUAUCUCACGCCACAUCAGUCUAAUUACAGGUUGGAGCAGUACUGCAUGUAUCCUCUUCACAGGGCUACAUCCCAGUAUUGGAAUAAGCUUCUAAUAUUGGUUGCUGGACAAGUAAUAAGUCAACAAGCAUAAAAUUUGAAUGUGGUGUGUAGAUGUUUAAAUUCUUACAUCGAACAGGAAAAUAGUUUUCAGUUGGAUGUUAAGAUGUGCACAGUGUUAUUACAAAUGAAUAACUUAUACAGAGUCGGGUAUAUGCAGUGCAUAAAAUGGAUGUAUCUUAUUUAUUACCGUUUGUUUUAGAAGAUAAACGAAAACUGUAUUAUCAACAAUUAUUUAUAUACUGUACUUUAAUUUACAAUUGUCUGAAAAUUCAGUAGGAUCAGACUUUUUGUUUACCAUUGAGUGAAUAACAUUUUUCUCUACCUCUGAUGGAAAGUAUAAAUUAUUUCUCCCCAGCAUUUCUGCCUAUAAUUAUAAUACAAACACUGACAGACAGUUCUGAGCAUCUGUGUAUUUCUAUAGAUUUUGUAUAUGGCUCUCUUUUUCCAUUAUUUUUAGGAGUUACCUUUCUUAUAUUUGUUUUUUAACAUGGUAAUGCUUUUUUAACAUUGUGACUGAAAUUGAAAUAUUGUGUUUUUAUUGUUUUUGGUUCACUCAUACUGAAAGUAUCUCAUUCUAGUACCACUUUUUUUGUAUCACAGAUUGAAAUUGAAAUACUAUUAUACAAUUAGUCUAAACAUGGCAAUGUUUAUCAGUUUGUGGCUUUGUCAUUAUCAUGCUGUUUACAAAAAGAAGUAUGAAAGUUAUCCAUGUAACACAUUAUUUACUGUGUUUCAGUCCAAAAAAAUAUCACAAAGGCAGCAUAUCUAAUUAUGUUUUGAAGAAUAUUCAUCUAUAUGUGGCCCCUGUCAUUAGUUGGGUUGUGUUUCUAAACAUUGAAAAGCACCGCAUAUAUCAAAAAUAUGUAAAACAGGAAGCAUAUUGAGCAUGGUGUAGAAGGAGAAGGAAACAAUGUGAGUGAGUCAGGGCACAUGUUACAGCUUCUACUGUGGUCACAAGUAAGCAACUGAUGCCUCUCAUAGCAAGCUGUGGAUAUACAAAAAUGUGGAUAACAAAUAUGUAUGACAGUAGUCACUGUUUUACCAUAAAGGGGAGAGAGAAGGAAAGAAGAGUGAUGAUGGUAGGGUGGACAAAUAAGUGGACUGGAGAGGAAUACUGAGGACAAGAGUGAAGGAGGUAAAGGUUCAGAAGUUUAUAUAGCAUUGUAUAACAUUAAUCUAAUUAUUUUUUAACAAAUUAUGGUUGAUUUAUAUUUGUACCCUAUUUUAUGUGCUGAAGCAGGUUACCAGAUAUGGAAUUAGUCCCAGUGGGGGCACGAGAUAAUCAAGCUGGACAAAACAGUUACAAAAUUUUCUUCUUCAAUAUUUGUUUCAUCAAAUCAUUGCCUACAUGCAGUAAAACUCAGAACUGUUCUAGGUGGGUAAUUGUGGAUGUUGCAUCAUGUCUGUCAAGUACCCAUCAUUUUCACAUCUCUACAGAGUGUGUGUGUAUAUUGCAUUACCCCACAGUGAUAAGUUUUUCCUGUGGGUAGGAUCACAGGAUACAAAGUUUUUUUUACAUUCAUUACUGACCCUCCUAUAGAUGCAUAUCAUCCUGUGACAUUACAUUUUAAUGUAAUGACUAGAUAUGGGGUUUGGAUAGCUAAUUGUAUGUAUUGGGCUCUUAUAACUUGUAACUAGAAAGACGUAUGGCACUCUCAUGGAUCUACACACUCUGCAGAUCACUGUUCUGCAACAUAGAUACAGUCUUCUGUGUUUUAACAGUCAUUGUCUGGUAAUGUUCCCAACAUUGUAGAUCCCUCAGCUUCCAUAUACAUGUCCUUACUGGCUAGUGACUGUCUCGCAGCUCCUCAUGGCUGCAACUCACUAAGUUCAAAUCAAAGUCAGUCUGCCAGUCCAUCGCAUUGUCAAGCUGCAUCCAGGGCCCAAGAGUAGAUUUUUGUUACCA